AUGGCUUCAUCAUGGCGCAUACUGAGUAGCUUCACGCUCAGCCUUGCUGCGCUCGUUAUUGUUCAACCUCGACUCGUGGCAGCGCAAUGCGACAUACCGCCUCUUACGCUCACCUGGUCCAACAUCACCGUCACACAAGAUGGUCUCGGUGUCGCUCGUGGUAUUGAACUCGGUAUUGGAUCACCACACCAGAUCUUCGCGUUCCGGCCGUCGACUACGCUCAACAAUACGCGUAUCAACAAUGUUGUUAACUGUGGCUCUGCGAGUAACGACAGCUGUGUUGGGGGUUUAGGCGGUGCUUUUGACUCGACAAAGUCAAGUUCGUAUGCUGUGUCGAUCAAAAGUCAAUGGAAUGGUAGCCAGAUCGACGAUGAAGAUAGCACAGGAGCCUACGUCUACUUCAAUGAUGAUGUCGCAUUCCAGGAGAAUGGCCAUGUCGACGGGUUUCCUUUAGUGAUGGAUAGUGAGGUAUGGGGAGGUGCGCAAUCCGGUCUGCCACUCGGCACGAACUCUUCCUUCCUCCGCGCUGCAGUUGCUGGUGGUGUCGCGCCAUCCCAAGUCUUCGGUCUUUGGAGCGGUAGCAGAGGCAUUGAUCCACACGAUGGCCUGCUUGUAGUAGGAGGAUACGAUCGCGCGCGGGUUGAUCCAGCAUCCAACUUCACCACCUUUCCGAUUGGCGAAUGGAGUCUUGAACGGGCCUGUCCUUUGCAAGUGACAGUCACGAACUUGACGUACCAAGAUUUGCUGCUCAUACCCGAUGGUAGUAAUGAGCUGAUCGCUUGCAUCGAGCCAUCGACGCAGCGCUUCGUCUUCCCACCAGCGAUCGCGCAGGCGUUCGGCGUAUAUACUGGCCAAAAUGAGACUGCAUAUCCGGGCAAGAUGCAUUACAAUGUGUCUAGCCGUCCGAUGGGCGAUCUCGUUGUGACACUAGCAGGUGGUUAUCAAUCAAGAAUACCCAACAAGGAGUUGUUUGCGCCACUGCGUGGAUCUGACAAGAACGGCCGUUAUGCAAUCACCAACGACAGCACGCUCGAAGCAUCCGUGUCGGAUACGCGAGCAUCCGAUCCGGGUGAUGUCGACAGUACCCUGGGAGGACUCUUCUUAACUUUCAAUUACCUUCUAGUAGACUAUGCGAAAAGCGAGUUCCAGCUUGCUCCAGCCGUCGCAGCCGAUGCGAAAGAUGUGUCGCCAGACCCUACCGUGAUCUGUACACCUACCAACACGGCGCCUGCAGAUCCUACCCCAACACCCAAGAAGAAGUCCACAAAUACAGGUGCCAUAGCAGGCGGCGUCGUGGGAGGUGUCGCAGGACUUGCUCUGCUUGGUGCCAUCGGCUUUCUGUUGUUCAGGCGGAAUCGCCGCGCUAAGGAACCUCCUAUCAGCGAGAUUGACGGCCAGCCACACUCGCCGGUACAGCAAGUGGUACGACAGCCGUCGGAGAUGAUGGCGCAUGAAGCCGCAUAUGUGCACGAAAUGCCUGCGAGUCGACAUGCGAGCUUUCGAAAGCCUGAAAACAGAGGAUGGCGUUGA